AUGGAGAACAAGAAUCAGAACCAAAGUCAACAACCCAUUAUCCUACCACCAGCAUACACAAAAGUGACUCCACUUGAAUCCUUCUCGGAUCCCAAAUACGGCAACGUAACCUGGCACACCCUUUUCUCUGCCCCAAGAACAACUACAGCCGAUCUUUGCGCAGGUAUCGCCGUUUGCCCGACGGAAGCAGGACAUCUAUGCGCCCAUCGACACAUCCAGCCAGAGAUAUACCACAUCCUAGAAGGAGAAGGCGAGGUUACAAUCGACGGCGAAAAGAGCAGAGUCAAUGCCGGAGCAACAGUUUUUAUCCCGGGCGAUGCGGAGCACGGAAUCGUGAAUACCGGCAAAGGGCAACUACGGUGGUUCUACGUUUUCGCAGUGAACUCCUUCGAGGAAGUCGUGUAUCGAUUUUCAAAAGAUGAGAAUGAAAAACCUAAAGCGAAGUUGUGA